UUCGGAAAUGGUAAAAGAAAACAUAGUUGCACGCCGCGGAUUAAACAUAUUGCCUUCAUAUUUAAAAAGUUACAACUUAUAUCUAAAACUCCAGCUUAAGUUAUUAUGUAGUGGAUGAAAUUUAACGAAGUCAUUGUUUCGUUACAAAUAAAGUGUAUAAAUAGCACUUUGAUACCAAAUAUGCCCAUCGUAAACCAGUAAUGCGAGUUCCGGAACUACUCUCUGGGUAUCUAAAUAAGAUGAAUCGAACGUCGUAAACACACAAUCUAAAAUGCUACCUCCCGGACUACAACACAUUCACUCGCCCAUGACCAUCAGUGACCGGUUACUUAGGCCGCAGUCGUCGAUUCACGCGCGAGACACUGACAGCGCCGAACGUACGAAUUCGCAAUGGUGUUUAUAAGAGGAGUUAUUUUAGCACUUGUUGUUGUGUAUAGCUGUGCAUUUAGGGCUGUUACACCAAUUAUAAAAGUUGUGCAACAUGGGGGCACACACUUUGAGGGUCCACAUUGGUCAACUGCGGAAAAUGCAUUAUACUGGGUUGACAUUCACGAACAAAAGGUGUACAGGCUAGACGCUGAAACGAACAACAUCACUAGCAGAGACAUAGGUUACGGUCCAGUAUCACUUGUGGUAUCAGUAAAAGACAAUCCUAAGCUUGUUUUAAUAUCAGCGAGAUCCGAACUGUACUUCCUACCCUGGGACGCACCGGAAGGCGACAGCUCGCUCAGACUGCUAAGCGUUGUCGAUUUGGGUUUACCAGACAAUAGGUGUAACGAUGGCAAGGUCGACGCGAAAGGAAGACUAUGGUUUGGUACAAUGGGUAAAGAAGUUAAAGACGUAGUGGACAAAGAUCAGGCCACUUUGUACAUGUUGGAUCAGUACAACUAUCUGAACCCAGUAGACAAGGUCCGGCCAGUGAGCAUUUCCAACGGUAUUGCUUGGACAUCUGACAAGAAGUUCAUGUUCUACAUCGAUACCCCAACGAGAAAUAUAGACGUAUUUGAUUUUGACCUCGACAAUGGAUUUAUACGGAACAGAAGAACGCUCUUCAGUUUCCAAGCAAAUAAUGUGACAGGGUUGCCUGACGGUAUGACCAUAGACAGUGAUGGCAAUCUAUGGGUGGCUUGCUUUAAUGGUUGGAAGGUAAUCAAAAUAGACUCAAGAGCCGGAAAGCUCUUAGAGCAACAUAAGCUACCAGCUGCCAAAGUCACAUCAGUUAUGUGGGGUGGCCAUGAUUUGUCCACAUUGUUCGUAACAACAAGCCGAGUUGGUUUAACUCCAGCAGAACUCAACCAACAGCCAGAAGCUGGAUCAUUAUUUGCUAUAGAAGGAACAGGCUCAAAAGGACUGCCCGAAAACCAAUUUAUUUUUAAUGAUGCUGGAAAAUAUUAACUUUAUAAUGAACAGUGCAAAGUAAACUUAUGUUUAUA